CCCCCUCCCUCCUCCGCCUCCCGAACCCCCCGCCGGGCUCCGGCUUUAAAUACGGGGCUGUAGCGGCGUUCCCCGGUAUCCCCCCCCUCUCCGCCGCCGCCAUGGUCGAAGCUUUCUGCGCUACCUGGAAGCUGGUGGACAGCCACAACUUCGACGAGUACAUGAAGGCGCUGGGAGUGGGGUUUGCAACACGGCAGGUGGGGAAUGUAACUAAACCCACUGUGAUUAUCAGCAGCGAGGGGGACAAGGUAGUGAUCAGGACUCAAAGCACUUUCAAAAACACAGAAAUCAGCUUUAAACUUGGAGAGGAAUUUGAUGAAACUACCCCUGAUGAUAGAAACUGCAAAUCAGUUGUGACCUUGGACGGAGACAAGCUAGUGCACGUACAGAAGUGGGAUGGCAAAGAGACAAACUUUGUGAGAGAAAUAAAGGAUGGCAAAAUGGUAAUGACUCUCACCUUUGGUGAUGUGGUUGCUGUUCGCCACUAUGAGAAAGCGUAGAGUUUACCUGACCUCUGUCCAGAUGUUACUUCUGCUGGAUGGAUUAAUGUACCGUCCACAACUGAACGUAGCUAAAAUGCACAUUUCUGGCAUGAAAGGUUAAUAAAGAGUUUUGGGGGGGUGUUUUUU